AUGAGUCUUCAGAUCGGAAAUAUCGUGCAGCUUCUCGACUCCACGAUCGACCCACAGCAACACAGAAAAGCCGAGGCGGCAUUACGCCAGGAGGAGAAGAAGCCCCAGUAUUGCCUUUCCCUCCUUCAAAUCGUCUCCUCCCAACCACUUCCACUCAAGACGCGCCUCGCCGCCGCACUUUGCUUCAAGAAUUUCAUCCGUCUAAACUAUGUCGAUGAAGAGGGGUCCUACAAGCUGCCUCAGGAGGAGGUCGGCACCAUCAAGCAGGAGCUCGUGGGGCUCAUGAUUUCCUCACCACCAAACAUCCAGACACAGCUCGGCGAAGCCAUCAGCAUCAUUGCCGACUCCGACUUUUGGAAACGCUGGGAUACGCUGAUCGACGACCUCGUCAGUCGCUUGUCUGGGUCUGAUCCCAAGGUCACAAACGGCGUCCUUGAAGUUGCCCACUCCAUUUUUGUCCGAUGGCGGCCACUUUUCCGAUCCAACGAGCUGUUUGAGGAAGUCAACCAUGUGCUGUCAACCUUUGGAGAGCCAUUCAUGCGCAUGCUCAACGUGGUAGACCAACAGAUCGAUGCCAGCAAGGAUAGUCCAGAGGUUCUGAAGACCUGGUUCGAAGCCCUGAGCCUGUUGAUGAAGAUUUUCUACGACCUGUCCUGCCAGGACCUGCCGCCUAUCAUCGAAUCCAACCUCCAGCCAAUCACUGCCCUCUUUCAGAAAUACCUUUCCUAUUCCAACCCAGCCCUGGCUGCCGAUGACGACGACGAUCCAACGGUAGUAGAGAACGUCAAAGCGGACGUCUGCGACGCACUGCAGCUGUACACGACUAAAUACGACGACGAUUUCGGCGCGCACACAGAGCCGUUUAUCCGCUCUGUGUGGGACGUGCUGUCAUCUACGGGUCCGGGGAAGAGAUACGACACUCUUGUCAGCAAGGCUCUGCAAUUUUUGACUGCCGUUGCCUCGUCCCCGCGUCACGCCGCAGCCUUUGACUCGGAAGAGACCCUGGGUCGCAUUGUUGAGGCUGUUAUCUUGCCAAAUGUGGCGAUUCGCGAAUCUGACAUUGAGAUGUUCGAAGAUGAGCCGAUUGAGUUCAUUCGCCGCGACUUGGAGGGGUCUGACACCGACUCGAGAAGACGGGCGGCAACGGACUUUUUGCGGAAACUGCUGGAGAAGUUCGAGAUGCUCGUGACCAAGGUUGUGUUCCGUUACAUUGACCACUACCUCACUCUGGGCAAGACGGAUUGGAAGGCAAAGGACACAGCCAUCUAUCUGUUCCUGGCUAUCGCCGCCAAGGGCGCCGUCACGGCAGCCCAAGGCGUGAAGACGGUCAACCAAUAUGUCGAUGUCGUAGAUUUUUUUCAGAAAAAUGUGGCGCAGGACUUGCUCAAUGGCUCCGACGCAGAGCCGAUUGCCAAAGUCGACGCCAUCAAGUACCUCCACAAUUUCCGCAGCCAACUGACAAAGGAGCAAUGGCAAGGUGCUUUCCAACCUCUGAUUCAGAACCUCGCCUCGACGAACUACGUCGUGUACACAUAUGCGACCAUUGCUGUGGAGCGGGUGCUGUUCCUCACCAACGAUGCCGGCGUCCACCUGUUCGGACGUGCCGAUAUCGAGCCGCUUGCAAAGGAUCUCUUGGAUCAUUUGUUCGGCUUGGUGGAGCGUGAUACCGCCCCUGAGAAGCUGCAGGAGAACGAAUUUCUCAUGCGCUGUAUCAUGCGCGUUCUCAUCGUCCUCAAGGAAGGAACUAUACCCAUUGCCGAUGGUGUUCUUCUCCAUUUGGCCAAGAUCACUAAGACGAUCAUGCUGAACCCGAGUAACCCGCGUUUCUACUACUACCAUUUCGAGGCCAUAGGCGCUCUUGUACGGUAUUGUGGCGACAGCGUGGGGACGAAGCUGGAGGAGCAACUCUGGGAGCCGUUUUCGUUCGUUCUUAGGGAGGACGUCACAGAAUUCGUACCUUACGUCUUCCAGAUCCUCUCAGCGCUGCUUGAGGCAAGCCGAACAAAGGCUCUAUCGGAUCAUUACAAAACUUUACUACCCAUCGUCCUGGCACCGACAAUUUGGGAAACAAGAGGAAAUGUCCCUGCGUGCGCUCGAUUCCUGGCUGCAAUCUUGCCCAAGGUGGCAGAUGCCAUCGUGGCCGAAAAUCAGAUCGAGCCGGUCCUAGGCAUAUUUCAACGGCUCUCUGCCAGCAAGAAGACAGAACAGAACUCCAUUGACAUUCUUGAGGCCGUUGUAACCUCUCUUCCACCAUCAUCUUUGGACCCAUUCUUCGGCACCAUUUUGACCCUCUUGUUCACCAAGCUGCAGAACAACCCAUCGGACUCGUUCAAGAUUCGGUUCGCGCGGUUUUACCACUUGGUAUCCGGCAAAGGUGUCGAAGCAGGCCUUGGUGCAGACUACUUUAUUCAGCACGCAGAGGCACUCCAAGCCGGUGUCUUCACGCCAAUCUACCUCACCAUCAUUCUGCAGACAACAGGCCAACUAGCACGGCCAGUGGACCGCAAGCUGGGAGUGAUUUCCUACACAAAGACGCUGUGUGACAGCAAGGCAUUUGCCGAGCGGUACCAAAAAGGCUGGGGCUUCACAUGCAACCAUUUGCUGGAUCUGCUGAAGAACCCGCCCCAAGUGACAGGCGGUAUCGGUGACGAGGUUGUCAACGAGGCAGAUGUGGACGACAUCGGGUUUGGGGUGGGAUACACGCCGCUGAACACUUGCAAGCGAGGCCCCCGAGACGACUUCCCAGAAGUGGAAAACGUGCAGCAGUGGGUAGGCACAUUCUUCAAGGAAGCAGACAAGCGGCACAAUGGCACCAUUGCCGGAUUUGUGAACAGCCGGCUGCAGCCAGAGGCACAAGAAGCCCUCGCCCCCUAUCUGUCAUAG